GGGCAGGGCGCGGAAAGGGAGGAGGCACGCGCCCGGGGACCCGCGGGGCGCCGCGAGGGAAGGGCGCACCCACUCCUACCUUUGUUGGCCUACACCGACCCCACCUGCGCCGCGGCGCGAGGCCCCUCGGUGAGAUUCCUGACUGGUCCAUGGGCCUCUGAGGAGGCGUUAUAAGUCCACCUGGCUUCUCACUUACUGUGUUACCACUCAAUGGGAAGGGAACCAAGGUUCUGUCCAGCCCUCAGCCACGGCCUCCCAAUAGCACCAGGAUGGAAGUCAAAGGUCAGCUGAUCAGCUCUCCUACCUUCAAUGCCCCAGCUGCGCUCUUUGGAGAGGCUACCCCACAGAUGAAGUCAGAGCGUCUGCGGGGGCUGCUCGACCGACAGCGAACCCUACAAGAAGCUCUAAGUCUGAAACUUCAGGAGCUCCGGAAAGUGUGUCUACAGGAGGCGGAGCUGACUGGCCAGUUGCCCCCUGAGUGCCCACUGGAGCCUGGUGAACGACCUCAGUUGGUACGCCGGCGCACGCCUGCAGUGCGUGCCUACCCGCCACCACACCCGAACCCAGUCCACCAUUACUUGUGCCCUGCUGAGGAGCUGGCUCUUGAGGCCCUGGAGCGGGAGGUGUCAGUGCAGCAGCAGAUUACAGCUGCUGCCCGCCGCCUGGCACUGGCCCCUGACCUGAGUGUGGAGCAGCGGCGACGCCGGCGCCAGGUGCAGGCUGAUGCUCUGCGGAGACUACAGGAGUUAGAGGAGCAGCUCAGAGACAUCCGGGCCCGCCUUGGCCUCCCCGUCAUCCAGCCACUGCCACUGUCUGCAGGGGCACUUGUCCCUAACCAGGGAAUCUGUCUGGGCACACGCCUUGCUCAGCUCAGCCAAGAGGAUGUAGUUCUGCACUCGGAAAGCAGCUCCCUCUCAGAGUCGGGGGCCAGUCAUGAUAAUGAGGAGCCCCGUAGCUGCUUCUCUCUGGCAGAGCGCCCCUCGCCACCAAAGGCCUGGGACCAGUUACGGGCAGUAUCUGGGGGGAGCCCUGAGCGACGAGCCCCAUGGAAACCACCCCCAUCAGAUAUUUAUGGGGAUCUGAAGAGCCGGCGCAACUCUGUGGCCAGCCCCACCAGCCCCACACGCUCGCUGCCCAGGAGUGUCUCCAGUUUUGAGGGGCGAAGUGUGCCUGCCACCCCUGUUCUCACCCGGGGCACUGGCCCCCAGCUCUGCAAACCCGAAGGCCUCCAUUCUCGCCAGUGGUCCGGCAGUCAGGACUCACAGAUGGGCUUCCCCAGGGCUGACCCUGCCUCCGAUCGGGCCUCGUUCUUUGCAGCUCGCACCCGCCGCAGCAACAGUUCUGAGGCCUUGCUCGUGGACCGGGCAGCUGCUGGGGGAGCUGGCUCCCCACCUGCUCCUCUAGCUCCCCCUACUGCCAUCCCCCCAGUCUGCAAGAGCAGUGAGGUGCUGUAUGAGCGCCCCCAACCAGUCCCUGCCUUCUCCUCUCGCACAGCUGGCCCUCCAGAUCCUCCCCGUGCUGCCAGGCCUAGCUCAGCUGCCCCUGCCUCCCGCGUGGCCCCCCGGCUCCCACCUGUGUGUGGGGACUUCCUGUUGGACUAUUCCUUGGACCGGGGCCUGCCCCGUGGUGGUAGUGGUGGUGGUGGUGGGGCAGGAGCCGGCUGGGCAGAGCUGCUGCCUGGAGCUGAGGUCCCAGGACCCCUUUCCCGUCGAGAUGGGCUCCUUGACAUGCUUCCUGGCCCACCACCCCUGUAUGCAGCUGAUGGCAGCAGCCCCCUCCUCCGCAUCAAGGAUCCCCACGCCCGUGCCAUCCGUACCAAGCCCUGUGGCCUGCCCCCAGAAGCUAUGGAGGGUCCGGAUGUGCAUCCAAACCCACUAUUGUGGAUGCCUCCACCCACCCGGAUCCCCCUGGCUGGUGAGCGCAGUGGCCACAAGAACCUUGCCCUGGAGGGGCUACGGGACUGGUACAUCCGAAACUCCGGACUGGCUGUGGGGCCCCAGCGCCGGCCUGUGCUCCCGCAUGUGGGCCCAGCACAUGCACCCUUCCUCCACGCCCGCUGCUAUGAGGUGGGCCAAACACUGUAUGGCCCCCCCAGCCAGGCACCGCUCCCGCACUCGAGGAGUUUCACAGCACCCCCUGUUUCUGGCAGAUACUACACGGACUUCCUGUACCCCUCGGAGCUGAACGCUCGUUUAAGUGACCUGACGCUAGAGGGGGAGCAGUCUUCCAGUUCUGAUCCCCAGACCCCAGGGACACUGGUCUGACCCCUCCUGAUAUGCCUCUUGUUGGCCUGGGCAUGAUUCCAGGUUGAGGAACAUACAGUCGACCUCGCUGAGACCUGGGAUGUGGUUGCUCUUGGUUCCAAGGGUGCCUGCCUGAUCUUCCAAGGCCCCUGACCCCCAUCGGCCCAGGAAGGUGUCUGAUAUCCUGGUUCUCCUCUCACACUGUGCUGAGGGACUAGUAGGCCCCAGCUAGCUUCAAAGAGGGAGGACAAUGUGGGGACUCUAUGCCCCUUCCUUCAUUUCUGUUUACAGUUGUGAUUUACUAUUCACUGUCUUCACCCAACACUAGGUGUUUUAUAAAAGGGAAACUGUGAGCUCAUUCCUGGUUGGGUUCAUUCCUGUCCCCAUACCCAGCCUGUUCCAUUCAGGAACACUCACACCCAAAUGGACCAUAUAGUGUCUCUGGGUUCUCUUUAGGGCAGCCCAGAGAUUGAUGUGGACAGAGCUCCCUGCCUUCUCCAGCGGAGUUCCUGAGCAGGUGGGCUUCUGUCUACAUUUAGGAGGAUGGAAGUCUGGGUGGGAUACCUGAAGGAGCUUCUGUCCCUGUCUCUGCUCAUGGCCUAUGUACUGACCAUCCCAAAUCAAGAAGUCGCGCAGGAGGUGCCAAGGGAUAGAGCCAUUGAAUAUGUUACAUCCAUUGAGUAUGUUACUGGUAACUGGUCAGUGCCAGUAAAAUCUUCAGGUGACAUCUGGCUUUGGGCCACAUCACGUUCUCCUUGACUUUCUGUCCAUUUACCACUUUUAAAACAAAUCCACAUAAGCUGUGUUUUCUAUACUUGUCUGUGACUUUCUGGAGCUGGGGGUUCCCCUACUCCCUUUACCUGGUGUUAAAGUUUUCUUUUUGUACCAGUGGAUCUGGGCCCAAGACACUCCCCACACUGGAAGGGGAUUUCUAUAAUAAAUGUAUAAACUGAA